GUGAAAAUGGCGGCGAAUGAUCUACUACAUUAACUUUGUCGUGAAUUCACACAGUGGAGCUGUCUAAAUAAUGCUUACUUUCACUUAGAAUAGAAAAGUUACUAGACGAGUCUAGUCGGAGUGCACAUUUUAAUAGUAAAAAAUACACGAGGACUGUUUUACCCGCUGGAUUUUCCCCACUGUGAGCCCGAGUUUAAGUCUUGUGGAAAUAUGGUUUUAUUUGAAACUUGAACCAGGAUUAGCGUAUGUUACUCGAUAAAUAUACGCUCCUCAUUUCUCGCCUCACUCUUCACGGUUGACUGAAAUAUUAGACGCUGUACAUAUAAGCCGUAUGUAUAAGCAAGACCCCAUAUCGCUUUGUAAUUUUAAUAUUUUUACGACCGUGUUUCUGGGCUGGUUAGCGGUCGGUUAGCUGGUGCUGAUGCUCGUUCACUAUCCUCAGCAGCGCUUAGCUCGACAACCUAGCUUCCAUGGUUGUUUUAAUAACCUGCUGUUUUUUCAUUCUUGUGUGAGAUUAUAAUACAAUAGUUUUGUAGUAUUAAAGAACACGCUGAAAUCGUUAAUCCCGCUUCUGUGUGAACGAACCUGCGGACGAGUUCUUAACUAUCUGAAAACAGUGAUUUUUAUACAGCAAGUAUUCAUGUAACGUAGCGUUAUUUCGAUUAAACGGACACUGUAAUAAAGUGACCAUCAAACACAGUUGGGGAGGUUAUUUCUAACGCGAUAAACUGUCAGAAGCGCGUUUCUUGGCUCGCCGCUUGCACAGGCGGGCUGCGCUCGACUCCUCAUCCUGACAAUGGACGAUCCCAAGCCGCGUUACAGCAAGAGACUGCGGUCUGGCACGCGGCGGCGUUACCAAGACGAUGGCAUUUCCGACGACGAAAUCGAUGGAAAGAGGACUUUCGAUCUGGAGGAGAAGCUUCACAACAGCCGCUUCAACUCAGACAGAGUCAAACGCAUGGAGGGUAAAGACCUCACUUUUGAGUACGUUCAGAGAUAUGGGCUCCGGGACCCCAUUAUCUUUGAGAGACCUGAUGGACUUGGCAUUAAAAUGCCAGAUCCAGACUUCAGUGUAAAUGAUGUGAAGUUGUUUGUAGGAAGUCGGCGUAUGAUUGACGUGAUGGAUGUGGCUACUCAGAAGGGGACGGAGAUGUCAAUGGCGCAAUGGAGACGCUACUAUGAGACCCCUCCCUCUCAGAGAGAAAAACUUUAUAAUGUUAUCAGCCUUGAAUUUAGCCACACUAAACUAGAGAGCCUUGUCAAAAGACCUGCCACGGUGGACAUGAUUGACUGGGUGGACAACAUGUGGCCACGACACUUAAAAGAAAGACAAAGAGAUUCUACAAACUCUAUCAUUGAGAUGCAAUACCCCAAAGUGCAGAAGUACUGCCUAAUGAGCGUUCAGGGCUGUUACACAGAUUUCCACAUAGACUUUGGAGGCACAUCUGUGUGGUACCACAUACUGUGGGGCUGCAAGGUGUUUUGGUUAAUCCCACCCACGCCACAAAACCUGGAGCUUUAUGAGAACUGGGUGUUGUCUGGGAAACAAGGCGACAUCUUCCUUGGUGACAAGGCCACUGAUUGCCAGAGGAUUGAGCUCAAGCAAGGCUACACGUUCAUUAUUCCAUCGGGUUGGAUCCAUGCGGUGUAUACACCAGUAGACACACUUGUGUUUGGUGGGAACUUUCUACAUAGUUUCAACAUCCCCAUGCAACUGCACAUCUCCAGCAUUGAGGACAGGACACGGGUGCCAACUAAGUUCCGGUAUCCAUUCUAUUAUGAGAUGUGCUGGUACGUGUUGGAGCGUUAUCUGUACAGCAUAACCAACACCUCCCACCUCAUCCCUGAGUUCCAGAAAUACUCUCUGGGAAUUGGCUUGAAGCAGGAAGGCUCAGGCUAUGAGGUACUAAAUGGUCAUGUAAAAGAGGAAAGAGAUGACAGUGAUGCUCCCUCCUCACCUAAUGCACCAGGGGUAAAGCUUCACUUGACUCCUUUGGAGAUGGAGGGGCUGUGGCACCUGGUGGGGAAGCUGGAGUCGUUGCCCUCACAUAAGAAGUGCGUGCCUUCAGGAAUACACAACGCUGCUGCCCUUCUACAUGACAUACGGGCAUUAUUGAAAGAACAUGCCAAUGACAUCCCUAAACUCUCUUACACUGGAAAACCUAUUGUCAGAUGGCCAAAGAGGCCCCCUUGGUACCAGCCCCCUCCUCCCCCUCCACCCGUUAUUCGUCCCAAGCUGGCAACCACACCCAUUGUUCCUCGGCCAGUGAAACCAGCCUCUAAUAUGUCGGUCCUACGACGGCGCCGUGUGCGCUGUAAACGCUGUGAGGCAUGUCUGCGCACAGAAUGUGGUGACUGCAACUUCUGCAGAGACAUGAAGAAAUUCGGUGGCCCUGGUAAACUCAAACAGACCUGUGUGCUGCGGCAGUGUCUCGCUCCUGGUCUGCCACUCUCUGCUGUAUGUGAGAUCUGUGGGGAAGGCAACCAGGACACUGGUGAAGAGCUCAUGGAGUGCUCCAACUGUGCUCAGAUUACACAUCCUAGCUGUUUGAAGACAUCUGGUGAGGGAGUGGUAAACAAAGACCUACCGAGCUGCUGGGAGUGUCCUAAAUGUGUUAUGGGCAAAGACACCGAUUCCGAGUCGUCAGGCAGCGGUGAUGACAUCACGGCACAGGAUGGGUCAGGGGGGCUUGGGGGCGAGGGCGGGGCAUGGCACGGGGUCGGGCGGCCCCCCUCUUCUCUCUCACACGGGUCGCUCCAGAAACGGGCCGCAGCCCCUGAGCAGCGGCUCAGGAAGCGGCUAAAAUUGGAAGGUGGUAAAACACAUAAACGCAAGUCUUCAUCUCUUGAUCCUCGCGUGGCUAAGAUCUAUCGGCGUCAUGGGAUGGAGCACGAUGAUGAUUCGGGCAGUGAUGACGACAGCGGCAAGAUGUCAUCUGUCCGAGGCGGGGUCUCUUCGUCCCGUCGAGGUUAUGGAGCUGGUAGGCGAGGUGUUUGGAGAGGCUCCUCGCAUCGAGGGAGUCGAGGGGGAGGCAGCUUGGCAACAGGUUCGCUGAAAAUGAGGCGGGGACUUGGGGCAAGAGGGGAGAGAGGGGGUCGGGUGAGGUUAAGAGGAGGAUCCCACAUGAGGCGACGGCGCUAUGAAACUGAAGACGAGGAUGAUGAUGAUGAUGACGACGACGAUGAUGAUGAUGAAGAUGAUGAUGAGGAUGACAGUGAUGAAGAGAGACAUCUUGGCCGGGCAGAUAAAGAGCAUCGUUCAAGGAGACGAAGACGGAGAGGUGACGACUACGAUGAUGACGACGACGACGAUGAUGAUGAUGAGGAAGACAGUGAGGAACAGGACUUUGAAGGAGAGGACGAUGACAUGGAAGACUUGGAUGAUGGAGGAGAGGAAGAUGAAGAUGAUGAGGAUGGAGAGAACCAAUCAGACUCUGAUCCCGACCCACCCGUCUUACUAGUCUCAGACUUGAAUGAUGACCUGCUGAACGAUUCCUACCUGACUGUGACCCUCCAGCGUCCUCCAAAGGCCAAACGGGACCCCGGCUCCAUUGUACCCAAACUGGAGGCAGCUAUGUCUCCCCGAACACCUAGUGGUCCUGGCUUCAUCCAGCGCAAAACGCUACCCAGGACCCGUCUCAGGAACAGCACCUCGACGCCAGCCGGAAAUGGCCUCUCUCAGUCCAAAAGCAUCCACACAUCCGGCCGCCACACGAGACGGAGCUCCAACCAGGAUGGUCGAGAGAGAGACACAGCGUCACCGUCCUCUAUGUCUUCUCGAUCCUCUGUUUCUCCACCACCUCCUCCACCAGCUAUCACCACUUCUCCUCCUUCCCUCCUCUCUCAUCCCUCAUUUCGUGACGUAGGAAAUGAGCGUGGCUGUGAAAAGGACAUUUGGAUGUCUGUGUUCCGUUACUUGGGUCGGACGGAUUUGGCUGUGUGUAUGAGAGUCUGCAAGGCUUGGUACAAGUGGUGUUGUGAUAAGCGCUUAUGGACACAGAUAGAUCUGAGUCGAUGUCGGGCACUCAGUCCUCAGGCUCUGGCAGCCAUCAUAAAACAACAACCUGUGACACUUGACCUCUCCUGGACACCGGUAUCAAAGAAACAGAUUGCCUGGCUCAUUCAUCACCUCUCAAGUUUGAAAGAUCUAACAAUGUCAGGUUGCUCGUCAUUAUGCGUGUCAGCGUUAAGUACACAGAGCUGUCCGGGUUUGCGAACCCUUGACCUGAGCUGGGCCGUGGGUGUCAAAGAUUCACAAAUAAAAGACCUCAUUGUGCAGCCAGGCAGUGAAAGUCGCAGUCGGCUGAGAAGUUUGCUCACUCUGCGCUUGGCUGGUUUGGAUGUGAAUGACUCCACCCUGAAGAUGAUCGUCAGACAUAUGCCUUCACUGCGCCGGUUAGAUUUGUCCCACUGCCAGGGGCUCACAGACCAGUCCAUCAACCUGCUCACUGCUACCGGCUGCAACACUCGCAAUACACUCAAACAGCUCAAUCUUUCAGGUUGUAAUAAGUUGACAGAUGCUUGUCUGUCCUAUAUGAAGCGAUUAUCGGCUCUGGCUCUGUUGGAUUUGCGGGGUUGUAGGAACGUGACUCGACACGGCUGUGAAAACUUCAUCUCUGACCUGUCCUACUGCACCGUAUUCUGUCUGACCGAAGACAAACUCAUUCAGAGAAUAUCAUAACAUGCACACACAAACACACACACACACAUACAUACACACACAGUCUCCGCACAGCUCUGCUUAGCGAGCUCACGAGUGCUCCAUCCCACUCAAUGCAGGCUCAUCUGGCCUGAAUGGGAGGAUGAGGCUGAAGAAAAUAGAUGGAUGGAAGGAUAUGACCACUGUCCUAGAAGAAGGGUAAAAACAGGCUGACGGAAGAGGUUAUUUUCAGCGCUGUCUUCAAGUAAAGUGGAGGAUUUUAUUCCCACAACCCAUGAGACCGAUGCAGACACAUCCAGCGUGUGGCUUUUUCUUCUUCUCUGGGCAUUCAGCCUAAUCCAAAGUGACUCCUCCAGAAGAUGUUGCUGAUAUGCUUGAAGCUGAACUUCAUAAUCCAGCCCAGGUGGGAUUUGGUCAAGAAAUUCAGUCCAGGUGUGGCCACUGCCGUUGCAGCGAAUUGAAGCAAGGAGAAAGAAAAUGACAGACAUGGCACGUCCUGAUAGUUCUUAUCCGCCACAACUUGAUCAAAGAAUGUAGUGGCAGCACAGGAUGAAUCUGAAUCAUAAAGACUUCAGCAUACCGAUCCAGAUCCAUGCUUUCUUAGUGACUUUAUGUCUGAACGCAAAUUUUUGUCGUUCAAACCUUUCUGAAGAUUCUGCUGUCUGGAUGUUUGUAGACAUUCAAGUUUUUACUCACUCGUACCAAACAAAUCACUUUCUUUUUGUUUUGUUGUUUCAUCUGAUGUUUUGUUCUUCUGCUGGUCAUCUCAAAUGGGCGAUUCACCUGCAUUCUCCUGUCCUGUCUAAACUUAGAGGGUUGCUCACAGUUAAUGCUCAAUUGUUCAUUUACCCUUGGAAAGCUAUAAUUUAAGUGCAACUUGUAGCAACACAAUAGCAAUUAUUUUCCAAGGACUUUUUAAACAAAUGUUCAUUUUUUUGUUUUUCAUGAGAAAGCAGAAAAAUAAAAAGUGGAAAGCAAACAAUGUGUUUGACUUCACUUACACCUAUUUGUCAUAUAUUGCCUUUUAGCACAGAAUCCAUGAAUAUUUUGUCAUUUUAUGACUGUACACAGACCUAAUUUGAACAUUUCCAUACAGAGAUUAUCAUACAUGAUAAGGGUUUGCAGGACAGAAGUAGAGCCACAAUAGUAAUAAUAUUGGUCAGCUGAUAUGGGGUUUUAAUGGCCAGAGUGCAGGGGGGCCCAAAAGUCUGAAACCAUGUUGAGAAUCUGAUAUUUUAUUUCUGGAAAAGUGUAAAGUGUUUAUUUAUGUUGUAAAAUACAAAUAAUUCAAUCAGAUUGAUUUCUAGUUUACUAAUCAAAUAAGCAAAUUUGUCACAUUGACCAUGUGACCUUUGUACAAGAGGUCAGAUUUUCUUGCCUCAAUUUAAAGCAUACAAGAUUUUGUAUUAAAUUGAAAAAGGCAAAAUGA